GCAGUUAGGUUGAAAGUUGCAGUUCCGUAUCAAGGGGCAUGGCUGUUAUCAAGUGACAACAUUAUUAACACUUCUUUGUGCACACGGUGACUUUGCGGUUUAUUUAAAUUAAUACAUAUAUAUGUAUCUUUAUAAAUAAAUAAAUACAUUUCAGUGUUAAUUAUCAGACAAAGAUUACCAUGUAGUCGUUUGAAUAUAAACCUUACAAGUUAGUUUCUUACGUGUCUGAUGGUAGCUGUACGGACAUCACAACGUGAUUUUAUGGUGAACUAUACUAUUAAUAACCUUAGUCAUUACCUUACACUAUUAAAAUGUCGCUUUUUAAUGUAUAUAUCUUACUGUAGCUGGUUGAUUAAUGUUGUUUUAAUUGUUACUGUGUUUGUUAUUUUGGACGAUGAGUUGCUCAUCCUUUUUUUAAGGAAGUAAUGUGACUAAGGUUGAGCCCAGGAUAUAAAAUUGAAGACUGUUGUCAUUAAAUUGAUGGCAUGCUUUGAAAGCAAUAAGGGGAGUUUGGAGGAGGACAGCGAUGAAGCUAUCGGUAGUGAGCCGUCCAGUUGUGCCUUGGCAAUGAUGGAAAAGGAACGUGAACCUCUUGUUAGCCCAUCAGAGGGUCCUGGGCUUUUCCUGAUUCAGGGCUAUGAUGUGGAGUUUGAUCCACCAUUAGAGAUUAAAUACGAGUGCCCUAUCUGCCUUAUGGCGUUAAGAAAUGCUGUUCAAACCCGCUGUGGUCACCGUUUCUGCAAGAGUUGCAUUGAGAAGUCCAUUCGCGAUGCAGGACAGCGGUGUCCUGUGGACAACGAAAUGCUCUCAGAAGACCAACUGUUUCCUGAUAACUUUGCCAAAAGGGAGAUUCUCUCGCUAACUGUUCGCUGUCCGAACCUUGGUUGUACUGAAAAAAUGGAACUCAGACGUUUGGAGAAUCAUUUGACUCAAUGUCAGUUUGCCACUGUGUCUUGCCCACAAUGCCAGCAGCCUGUGAGAAAGAGCUGCCUAGAGGAGCACACAGCUGUUGAAUGCCAGAGAAGACCCAUGUCAUGCCCAGAUUGCAUGGCAAGCUUUGUUUAUGAAGACAAAGAGCAUCACAAGCAGCAGUGUCCUUUUGCCAAUGUAAAGUGCCAGUACUGUGAGAUGGAUCUUAUCAGAGACCAGUUGGAGUCUCAUUGUGAUACAGAUUGCCCAAAAGCACCUAUCGCCUGUAACUUUAACAUCUUUGGAUGUAAAGAAAUGAUGCAGCGCCAUAACCUAGCUCAGCACAUGCAGGAGUUCACACAGAUGCAUAUGCGCUACAUGGCUGAGUUUUUGCGUGGCGUGAGCCUCAAUGGUACCACACCCAAACCCAUGUGGACAUUAGGACCUUCUAUUUCCUCUGAGAAUCAAGGUGCCGCUGCGUCAGUUUCAGCCUGUAGUGGGCCCAGAGGAGCCGCGAGCUGCAGCAACACCCCUUCUUCAUGUCAUCCGAGCGAGGAGAUGCAGAGGCUCAGGGAGAUGGAUGGACGGUUGGUGAAGCAGGAUCACCAACUUCGUGAGCUCAUCAUCUUAAAAGAGACACAAGCAGGCCAGCUAGCUGAGCUCAGGCGUAGGGUGUCAAUGCUGGAGGAGACUAUAAAGGAACUGGAGGCCCAACAGUGUCAUGGUAUCUUCAUCUGGCCCCUCAGAAAUUUCUCUGCCCUCUUGCGGAACCAAGAAGCAGGCCUAUCAGUGGUGGAGCACAGUCCCGGUUUUUACACAGGCCGUCCAGGCUACAAGCUGUGUCUCCGUUUACACCUGCAAACCCCCAAUGCCCCACGCUGCUCCAACUACGUCUCCCUCUUUGUUCACACCAUGCAAGGAGCUUAUGAUGGGCAACUAACAUGGCCAUUUCAAGGAGUCAUCCGGCUCGCCAUACUAGACCAGGGACCCGAGAGUCAACAUCACAUGGAAGUCAUGGAGACAAAGCCAGACUUGCAGGCCUUCCAGAGGCCCGUCAUCCAGCGCAACCCCAAAGGAUUUGGUUAUGUCACCUUUAUGCACCUGAAUCAGCUGGGCCAGAGAGCUUUUGUUAAAGAUGACACACUUCUUAUCCGCUGUGAAGUGACGCCACGUUUUGACAUGUUCAACCGGGAGGGACCAGCAGUGCAACCUCGAGGACCUGAAGCAUCGGUUUCAAGGGACUAAAGCCAAACUAAUUUCUGUGGGAUCAUCAUCUUAUAAUAAUUUAUAUAGUGUUUUUUCAAGGCACCCAAAGUGCUUUACAGUGAAUCCAUUAUUCAUUCAAACCACAGUCUUACAUGUGGUGGUGAGUUGCUUGUGUAGCCACAGCUGCCCAAUGGCAGCCUGUCGAAAACAUGGCAGCCAAUCCAUGCCUCUCAGACCACCAACAUUCACACACCAACAAUGCAGACGCCGGUGGGUGAUACAAGGGCACAACAACAGAUUGACUGGGAUAAAGUGGAAUUUAAACCACCAACCUGAGUCACUGGUGCCCCACAUUGACAUGUACAGUACAGCUUCCAGUGCAGUGCAGUGUCCCCCCCCCCCAAAUAGAUAAACACCAGGGGUAUGUAUCAGAAUAUGUCCUGAUGUGUGCUAGUUACAUGGGGUACAGUAUAAUUCGGGGGUGAUGCAUUUUACACAGAACAACUCGAUCUGAGUCAGUUCAUUGCAGCCCAAUACAGCUCUCAACCUUGUUACACAAGUCACACAUUUUUUUUCUGUGAAAUGCAGUCUUGUUUUUAUCUUGUACCUCAGAUCUAAUGUAUAUGUUAUGAAAGCCUUCGUUCUCAACUGUAAUAUUGGAAAUUUUGAGCAUUAAAUCAUGCAAUAGAUAUUGUAAUUACCUUUAAAUUUGCUGUGGCAAUAUCUGUGCCUUUAUGUCAGAUGUUGUUGGCUUUCAAGUAUGCGCUAAAAUGCAUUAGCAUCUGUAGAAACACCAUGGUCUCUAACCAGAUGACUGAUCUGUUACGCUACUUACUUGAUGCUCUACAGAGUUUUCCAGUAUUCCUCCCUUCUAAAAUCUAAAUAUUUCCUAGAUGUUAAAUUUGAUUGAUAAAAGCACCAAUGGGGGGCCCAGCAUUUACUGAGUCCCCCAUCGCUGUAGGUCACUGUAGCAUAUUAAGCAGGUACUACAGCCAACCUACUUAAAAUGCUGAAAAUUAGUUUAGAUUAGUUUGUGGUGACCAGACUCAAACCACGGGUUCAUGGACCAACAUAGAUGCAUGUUUAACUUUAAAAUCAUGUUAUUAUUUCUGUUAGUUUAAUUUUGACACACCUUAUACAUGCUUUGAAAGAGUUUUAAAUCACGUCUACUCACUCAGUCAAACCUAUUAAGUUCACAUUUUAUAAUCAGUUGGUGUCUAAUCAGCCGAACAUAAUCAACCUGCUGACUGAAUAUCACUGUACAACUAGUGUCUGUAAUAGCCCAGUGAAAAUCAAAGUGCCUCCACUAGUGCUAUCAGCAAGCUUAGUUGUAAAGAGCAGAUUUUAUUGUAUUUACGACUAGUGCUCGGCUGUGUGAAAAUUGUUUAUUAUACCCACAGUUGGUGAUAUGACAAAGAACCUUUUUUUAACAGUAAUUGCUGGACAACAGUGAAGAAGUGUCACCUAACUCUUAUCACAAUUUGACACUUUAGCAGGCAGAAACGUGUUCUGACUUGAGAACACAACAUUUCUUCAGACAAGCAGAAUGUACUGUAAUGAAUUGGGGCAAAUCAAUAAAAAAAACAAAGCAUUUUGCCCUCAUCGUAGAUAUUCUGUUCAGGUCUUUGUUACAGUUUAUUUCCCUUCUGGGUACAGAUAGCUGCAUUUGACAGACUUUAUGAUAUGUUUCAUUUAAGUUCCUGGCUGAUGUGAUGUUUUGGACAUAUAUUUCAAGUGUAAAUAUCCAGAUGUCAAUUGCAAAUGCUAAAUAUUUUUCUUUAAAGCAAAAUGCUGCUUUUUGAUUAAGUCUACUUGUUUGUAUCGUUUGCUUUUGCUUUCUGCUUUUGUUUUCUAUUGAUUAUGUUAAAGUGCCAUGCCAUUUUUAGUAAUCUGAUUACAUA